CAGGUGGCAGUGUGGCACGUGAUGCCGUUUGAACUACAGCCAUUAGUCAGUAGUAGAAGGCUCGUCGGGUGACUGGAGUGACGUUAUGCUAGCUAAUUGCUAACUAUCUGGAUUUCAGCAGAAUUCGCCGGAAAAUGUCAUCGUUUUGGGCAUGCUAGUCAGCCGCGAGUCGCAAUAACCUAUGUUUCGUGUAAUUACCUGGCGGCCCGUCAUAGAGUUGACUGCAGGCGGGAACUUGUUGGAUGAUUCUCCUGACUUAGCGCCUGAAGGGCCCUCAGUCCGCGGUGCUCGGGUGACCGACAACCGGGGAUCACCGCCUUUUGAGUGCGAGAGAGCUUCCAAGUUUUACUGAUAACCAGCGACUUGGUGCACCAAAAGCCUCUUCUGAACAUGUCCCACACCGGACCCCCUCCUCGAUGGCGGAACUGUCCCAGAAGAGGACAACCUGUAGCAGGUAAAUUCCUGCCAAUGAAAACAAUGCUGGGUCCCAGAUAUGAUGAUCAAGUUCAAGAGGAGAACAGGUUUCACCCGAGCAUGCUGUUUAACUAUUUAAAAAGUCUAAAAGUGAAAAUGGGUUUGCUGGUGGAUUUGACGAAUACCACACGUUUCUAUGACCGGAAUGAUAUUGAAAAAGACGGCAUAAAAUACGUGAAGCUACCGUGUAAAGGCCACGGGGAAUGCCCUUCAAAAGAUGUGACUGCAAAGUUCAUCAGGCUCUGUGAACACUUCAUCGAGAAGAAUCCUGAAGAAUUGAUAGGAGUUCAUUGCACGCACGGCUUCAACCGGACGGGCUUUCUGAUGUGUGCUUACCUGGUGGAGAAGAUGGACUGGAGCAUCGAAGCAGCUGUGGCUGCCUUCACCCAGGCCCGGGCCCCGGGGAUCUACAAGGGCGAGUACCUCAAAGAGCUUUUCCGUCGCUACGGCGAGGGGGAGGACCCGCCCCCCGCUCCCGAGCUCCCCGAGUGGUGCUUCGAUGACGACGACGAUGGCGGGGAAGUGGACGACGACGGCAACUCCGUUGGCCAGGAGUCGGGCCCCAGCUCCUCCGGGUCAGUGGCCGGCAAACGAAAGAAAGAGAAGCUAAAACUGGAUGCAGUAUUCCUGGAGGGCAUCACGGUGAAAGGCGUCUCACAGGUCACCACACAACCCAAACUAGGAGAAAUCCAAAAAAUGUGUCAGAGGAUGGCAGAGUGGGAGAGGUCUGGUUUUCCUGGUGCUCAGCCCGUCUCCAUGGACAGACAAAAUCUUCGCUUCCUGGAGCAGAAUCCAUACAAAGUCAGCUGGAAAGCCGACGGCACACGGUACAUGAUGUUGAUCAACGGGAAAAAUGAAGUGUUCAUGGUCGACCGAGACAACACCAUCUUCCACAUAGCGAACCUCGAGUUCCCUUUCCGGAAGGAACCGCGGGUCCACUUAGCUAAUACUCUACUGGACGGGGAGAUGAUCGUCGACAAGGUGAAUGGUCAGCCCGUCCCCCGCUAUUUGAUAUACGACAUCAUCAAAUUCAAUGGACAGCCUGUCGGCCAGUGCGAUUUCAACAUCCGGCUGUUAUGCAUAGAAAAAGAGAUCAUUUCACCCCGGAUGGAGAAGAUGAAGACUGGACAGAUUGACAAAACCAAGGAGCCCUUCAGUGUCCGAAAUAAACCCUUCUUUGACAUUCAUGCAUCACGGAAGCUUUUGGAAGGCAGCUUCACGUCCCAGGUCAGUCACGAAGUGGACGGCCUUAUCUUCCAGCCGUGCGGGAGAUACAAGGCCGGGAGGUGUGAUGAAAUCCUCAAGUGGAAGCCGCCCAAUCUCAACUCUGUGGACUUUCGCCUCAACAUCGCCAAAGUGGGAGGAGAAGGGCUGCUGCCAGAGACCGUCGGCUUGCUCUACGUCGGAAGCUAUGACAGGCCCUUUGCAAAGAUGAAGGCCACGAAGGAGCUGAAACAGUACGACAACAAGAUAAUCGAGUGCACCUUCGCCAACAACACCUGGGUGUUCAUGAGGCAACGGGUGGACAAGAGCUUCCCAAACUCCUACGAAACGGCCAUGGCUGUGUGUAAGAGCAUCCAGGAGCCCGUCACCAAGGACAUCCUCUUGGAGUACGUGGACCGCUGUGCCCAAGGAGUCCAAGCACAGAACCGGAAACACCCACCAGACCCGGACUCCGAGCUAAUGCCCCCUCCCCCUCCAAAGAGACCCAACCGGGCCGUCCCUUAGCCCACAGCUCCCCGGACUGCUCUGCAGUCACAGUGUGCAUCUACAUCACCAGCCACGUUGACCCCCCCCGACCCAACCCCGACCCCCGCCCCCUCCUCCCUACAGAAAACAGACAUUUGAAGGCGUUCUCACCCUCAGCAAAUUUGUUUUAUCAGCCUGUACAUGCAAGGACUUUGGAGACCUUUGAAUGACUGCCUCAACUUCAUUAAUUUACCUUGUAGACUUGUUUGUAGCUUGACUUGCUGGUGUUCUUAUUAAAAUGAAAAACAUGAUACUUAGUUUAUUUAUUUUUAUCUUAUUUAUCUUGCUUGAAGUCUGAGCCAUUUAUCUACAGGGGACAUUGUCAGCAACACAACACCUGACAAAGCAGACCAUGUGCAUACUUUGCCAACUAGUCCCUUAUUUGUAUUGAAGGAAGAGUAAACAUCAUUAACACUCA